AUGUUAUUGUUUCUUUUAUAUAUUACAUAAAGUCUAUGUUAUUUGAUAUUUGAAUAAAAAGGAAGAAUUAACAAUUCAUUACAUAUUGAUAUGGACAUUACAAAAGAAGAAAAAUAACAAUUAGAUAAAGAUAAUUUAUGGUUUGAUUUUUAAUUUGAUUUUCCAACACCUAUAUCAAUUCAAAUUGAAGACAUGAUUACUAAUUUAGAUUAAUUACUUUUAGUUUAAGUUUAAGAUGCAUAAUAUGGUCUAUUCAUAUGCAAAGAUUUUUAAUUAUCUAAUUAAAAGACUACAAUUAUACUUGAUCCAUUACCUUAAUAUUAAGAAUAAUGGUAUAAAUAUAAAGUUUAGGUAAAUAAAUAUCCAAGAAUACUUACCAGAUUUUAAUCUGAAUUAGGUUUUACUAAAAACUCUGCCGAAGUGAUUUAUAAUUUGAAUAUGACUUAUGAAACUUCUGGGUUUUAUCAAAUUGAAAUUAAUUAUUAAUAUGGGUCUGGAAAUUUGGAACUUUAAACAUGUAAAAGUAAUCUUUGCUAUAAUUAAACUAAUCAAACAAAUAUACUCUUAAAUUAUUCAUAAAUAGAAUGCACACUAAUUUAAAUGGAUUCUUUAUAGGAUCUUUGUAAUCAUCAACUCAAAGUAACUACAAUUAAUGCAACAUUUUAUUAUCUUACUUUUAAACACUAUAGUUCUGCUAAUGUAUAAUUUGUAAAACCUAAUAAAAUAACAUAAAUUGACAUAUUAAAUAAGGAAGCUUCUAUUGUUUUGGAUCAUUUAAAUUCUCUUAAUUUUAUCUAUAUCAAUUAAAAGAUAAAAGCAAUCCAAUACUCUGAAAACUAAAGAAAAUAAUUUGAUAGUAAUAUUAUCAUUUUUGCUAAUGAAGUAUAAAAUUUACAAGAUUGGGAUUAAAACUUUUAUAUAUAGUCAUCUUCAAAUUAAAAAUUAAAAUUAUAAUAUCUUAAUUAAAUUUAGAUUCUAUAUUUGAAUUCAAAUUUUAAAUUAGAAUAAGAAGAAGAUUCUUAUCAUUUCUAUUGUGUUGAUACUAUAUUUCCUGAAUUUGUAUUUGAACUUUUUGUUUAUGAUUAUGAAUUAUUAGUCUAAAUUUAUUUCUCCAAUGUCACUUAAUAUCCUAAUGAACAUAUGAAUCAAUUUGAAUUAAUUGAAUCAAAUAUCAAAUCUAUUAAUAUGAAUUCUGAUACAAAAAUGUAUAUUGGUAUUAAAACCAAACAUAAAUCUCUUGAAUAUUAAUUAUAUAUAAGAGAUCCUACUUUCUAUUUUUUAAAUCUGUUUUAAUUAAGAAAAUUUAGCUAUUGUAAAACAUGUUAGAUGGAAUUCAAAUAUGCUUCAUAAUUAAAGGCAGAAAUUCAAAUCCAUAUUUAUUAUCAUUAAAUGAGGUAUGAAGAAGACAAUUCUCUAUUUUAAAUAUUAUUAAUAGAGAAUGGGAAAUUCAUUAAACCUAUAUAAAUUUACCAUACAUAAAAUUAUCUAAGAUAUUCUCUUUUAACAGAAGUUGGAUUAUAAUAUAUUAUUCUAACAAAAAGUAAUAUUUAAUAGGAUCUAUAAAUAAUGAUAACUGAUAAAAAAAUUUUAGAAAUUAAAUUUGACUAAGAUAUUUGUUCAAUUGAUUUCUCUGUAGAAAUUUUAAAAAUACAAUAAACAAACAAUAAUAUAUAUCAUUUAUAUUUCAAAGAAGAUUUAGAAGAAACAAUUAAAAUCAUUAAUAGAAAUGGCUAAUCAGAAGUUACAAAAAUUGCAUAAAAUUAUUAUAAAGUCUAAUUUUAAAAUAAUCUAAAAGAAGAUGCUUAUACAUAUUUUAUGAUAGAAGGUAUUAAAUCAUAGUCAUCAAUAAUAUUAUAAGUAUAAGAAAAACCUUAUAAAAAUAUUGAAUUGAUAUCCCAUAAUAUAUUUCUCUCUCCUCUUAAAUAUGAACAACAAUUAAAAGGCCUUACUCUAUAUAUUUAAAUUCUUGAUUGCUCAUAAUUAAAUUGUGAUGAAUUAAAUAUUUAAAAAAUUCUUAUCAUAACUAAAAUAGGUUUUAAAAAUAAAUCUAUUGAGUAUACAAAAGGAUAUUACAACUUAAACGAAUAUCAUUCAACUUUAAAUGAUUUAUAUGAUCCUAUUUCUAACAUUCAAACAAUUUAAUUGAUAGCAUCAAUUAAUUAGGAUAAUUAUAAUUUUAACUUUACUUCUACAGAAUUUUAAUUAUUAUUAAAAAAUUAAAUAAUGAUAUAAAGGUAAGAACCUCAACUAAAAAAUCUAUUAUUUGCUAUUUUGUAUAUAAUUUUCAUAGUUUUUCUUGGAUAUAUAGUCUUUAAAAUGAUUUUUAGAAAGAAAGUAACCAUAAUUCCAAAGAAAAUAAAUAAAAGAUCUAAUAAUUAUGAAGAUGAAGAAGAAUCAAUAUCAAUAGAUGGUUUAUGA